GCGGCAGUUACACAGAAUGCUUUACUGUACAUUGUGGAAAAUUACAAACACGUCCGGCCAGUAUGGCAAUUUGGCCUGAAGAUUGAUGAAUCGAAUAAAAACUGGAAGGCGCUACUUUUCAACGAUUUUUACUUCAGGCAUCAUAGCGCCUCAAUUCAAUCUGCUAUUACGAUGGCUAUGGAGAAUUUGGAGGAUCGGGAAUGCAUGCGAAAAUUGCUGAACGAGAUUGGUGCUCACCACUUCUUUUAUGAUGCAUGUGAACCACAUCUGGAGGUUUUUCUUCAGUCGAGCCUCGGUCGCCCUCGCCCC